AUGAACAGCGACGUAUUGGCAAGCACAUUAUGGAUCAACAAUCCUGAUAAGCGCGUUGAAAUACUGAAAAAUUUUGCACUCGAUCGGGCAAAAUUCAAGCAAGAAACUCCGUUACUGGAUUACGCACUGAAAGUGGAGAAAAUAACAACGGCUAAAAAAGCAAAUUUGAUUCUGAAUGUUGAUGGCGCAAUUGGUAUUAUUUUUGUUGAUAUACUUCGAUAUUCGGGCAUGUUCACGCAGGCGGAAGCACAAGAAACCAUUGAGAUUGGAGCGCUGAACGGUCUUUUCGUGCUUGGACGAAGCAUCGGAUUUGUCGGUAAGUCCAUGUUCAAAUUCAGCCGAACUAAAUCUUCAGGAGGAGGAUGGGGAGGGAUAACGCAGGUGUCGUAUUUCUGCGACUAA